UCGUUGCUCGUGUACACGAUACGUGUGAAAAAAUAAAUUACUUUGCUUUUAGUAAACAAUAAUGUCUUUUUAAGUUGACAUGCUAACGUCUAACAGAACAGUCGCGUCGAAUACUUUGUCGUGAAUAGUAACACUCGGGUGAAAAAUAAUAACAAAAAAAUUUAAAUAUAGAACUCUAAAUGCGUAAAAAAUAAAUGAAAUAAAAAAUUAAAAACAAUAAAUUGAUACAGUAGUGCAUUUAGCUCGUUUGACCGUAAAAGUCAAAUGAACGAAUUUUUAAAUUAAAAAAAAAAUAAAAAAAUCCUAUCAAAAAAUGUUUCUAACGUUUCGCGCAUAUCGGUCGGGAUCGAUUGGCCCGCGUGUCCAAGUCAUGUCCUUGGAGGAGGCACGUCGAACACAGAGACCGUAUCGAUAUGGGAUGAUAUUGUUGUGCUUGGGAGCUCUAGUGAAUUGGCUAGGAUUAGCUGAAAAUUACUCGGAACCAGUGAGAUAUGCGGGAGUCGCUUGUAUUUUAAUGGGUGGAUUGCUGAUCUGCACGGCCAUGUGUUGCUGGCUUCAUACACCAAGUAGGGCGAGUGUAUCGGAUGCCGAUCAAAUUAACGCCAAUAACAACAACAACAACAACGAGGACCAAAAUGUACACAUAAUUGCAAUUAAUGAUAGGUUGCGCUGCGAAAAACCGCCAGACUAUGAAGCUGUGACAAUGGAGCCACCCAGUUACGAUGACGCCAUCAAAUUAGACCCAUCUGCCUUGCUGCCGCUAUCGAAAGCCACACUAACCAACGACACAAUUUUCCUUAUUAACACAACAACGGCACCAAUUAAUGCACUAGAAACGGUGCGACCGUCAUCCUCACUCUACACAACACCAGAAGCGGCCGUCAUUUGCAUUGAAAAUGUUUGCGAACACACAUGUGAUAGUAGUAAUACGGCUAAUGAAAAGAAAAUAGACGCAAAAAGUUUGCCAUCGACACAUGAUGUAUCAAGGUGA